CACACUUUUUUUCAUAUACAUUACAGGAAUAUUGAGCGUCCGAUUCAUUUGGGAUAUGCUGGCGAUAGCCAUAACCGAAACCCACGCUAAUAAAUACCUACAAGUGCUCUUUCAAAUUUACACCUUAUGUACAUGUCAAUUAACACUAUUUCUCUAAAGUCCUGGAAAGCCCAUCAUGGCUUGUCUAGUAUACUUUGCAGUUUUUGCCAGAGGGAGCGAGGUGUUGGGUACAUCGACCCUGCUAACGAGGAUUAACCCUUAGUAGAAGAUGUCCAAACAUUUGGACGUGUCGUCAACCGCCCAAGUUCGCGCUCUUCCGCGUCCUUCUCGCUGCUGCGUGAAGCACUGCGUGUGUUACGCGGCGGACGCACAGCCCAGUUUUGGCACUGAGAAUUUCGUGUUGGCAUCCAGCGCUGCGUCUCCGUUUUAUCGCUUUUCCCAGCGCGACCCACUGCCCUAAGGAACGCUUUUGCACAUGGGUUUGGUAGCGACAGAGUUGUGAUUUGGGAUGUAUACGUCGGGCGAAAAGACGGGUCUCUAAACGGAUGCUUGGCUGGCAUUCUUUCUUUGUCAAUCAAAAGAUUGAAAAACCGAUCUCCUGCUUUUCGGCUGUGAUCUUUCCCCGGGACGAGACGUUUGGCACGGGGAAAUGUAAAGAAGCCUAAAGUAUGGCAUGCAAAGAUGGUUCCUGCCAAGAAGGAGAUGGUGCACCCCACUUAUAUUUCGACUCUCUUCUACUUUCUCUGUUUGACGGCUUGCAUAAAGAGAAUAUCUGGACAGAUAAAGAAGGAUGAUAGAUUAUACCCAGAAAAUUUCACACGUAUAUUAGACCGACUCCUAGAUGGUUACGACAACAGACUUCGACCUGGAUUCGGCGGUCCAGUGACUGAGGUGAAGACCGAUAUCUAUGUCACCAGUUUUGGCCCAGUGUCUGAUGUGGAAAUGGAGUACACAAUGGACGUGUUUUUCCGACAGACGUGGGUCGACCGGAGGCUGAGGUAUGAAGGGCCGGUCGAGAUCCUUCGGCUGAACAACCUGAUGGUGACCAAAGUGUGGACUCCUGACACAUUCUUCAGGAAUGGCAAAAGAUCUGUGGCCCACAACAUGACCGCCCCCAACAAACUCUUCCGGAUCAUGAAGAAUGGCACCAUCCUCUAUACCAUGAGGCUGACAAUUAGUGCAGAGUGUCCAAUGAAGCUAGUGGAUUUUCCUAUGGAUGGUCACUCAUGUCCACUCAAGUUUGGCAGCUACGCUUACCCUAAGACCGAGAUGAUCUACACGUGGACCAAAGGGCCUAAACACUCGGUGGAAGUCCCUCCCGAAUCCUCCAGCCUCGUGCAGUACGAUCUGAUUGGGCAAACUGUCUCCAGCGAAACCAUCAAGUCUAUCACAGGUGAAUAUGUCGUUAUGACCGUCUACUUCCACCUGAAACGGAAAAUGGGAUACUUCAUGAUUCAGACAUACAUUCCUUGCAUCAUGACAGUAAUCCUUUCCCAAGUGUCCUUUUGGAUAAACAAGGAAUCUGUGCCAGCCAGAACUGUCUUCGGUAUCACCACGGUCCUCACCAUGACAACCCUGAGUAUCAGCGCUCGCCACUCGCUGCCCAAGGUCUCCUACGCCACAGCUAUGGACUGGUUCAUCGCCGUCUGCUUCGCCUUUGUCUUCUCCGCCCUGAUCGAGUUCGCCGCCGUCAACUACUUCACCAAUGUCCAGGUGGAGCGCGCGAAAAGGAAGCAGGCUGCUGCCAGCAGCGCCGCAGACGCCGGGCCCGCCGGGCCACCCAGCAAGAGCAAAGACAUCGAGGAGGUACUGCAGCAAAACACGGACACCAACGGCAACCUGCGGAAGCGAAUCAACUCCACGUCUCAGCCUCAGCCGGAGUCCAAGAGCAGCCAAAGAACUGACGCCUCCAGCAAGCCCUCCACAGCUGUGUCCAAACAGCCCCAGACACGCCAAUUAUCACCCACCACGGGCACGAUGAGCAGCUCCUUAGGCCAAUCACGACUUUAUCCCAAAUCCUCCACUCAGUCCAGUGUGAUUCCGGCAGCCUCCGCUUCUAAGACCACACAGCCCACUCCACCCUGCACGCCAACUGUCCCCAAGCAUUCGUCAGCCAUUACAUCCACUGGCUCCAUCUCACUUCACCAUGUUUUAGGAUCAAAGUUUGAGAAUAUCCAGAAAAUGGACAAGCCUUCAGUAUGCGUUCACCCUGCAGCUCCUGCAGCCGGAGGGACCAGCAAGAUUGACAAAUACGCACGCAUUCUUUUCCCAGUUUCCUUUGGGGCAUUUAACAUGGUGUACUGGGUUGUGUACUUAUCUAAAGACACCAUGGAAACAAGAGGAGCCUAAUCACACCAGACUUGCUCGUUUCUGCAAUAUUUCCUCAAAGGAUUGGGUCAAACAUCUUCAUAAUAAUUACUAGAAGCAUAGUUCAAGAAGUAAACAAGCAAAAAGGCACGUUGGAUAAGUAUCGCAGAAGAUGUACUGGAAAAAAUCUGAAUUUGAGUGAUUGUCAAAGAGCCCUUUCUGACAAUCAGCAGGUGGACACAUAAACCAAUCCUAGUCUUAUAGCAUUCUCACUGGACCAGACCUUAAAUUUAUCUGGCACCUUCGAGUGGUUAUAAAAUGCCAGGCAGAUUUAUUGUAGAACGCACAGCUGCAGGGAUAUUGUCAGUGAAAAUGAGAAUUGGAAUAGAAAAAGCGAAAUCAGCACCAUUUAGUCUAUUUUUCUAUAGAGACAUUUUCUGAAGAUUCACUCACACUGAAUGUGUUUUCUGGCAGACUUCUUUACAUCAUUUUUUUUAAUUUUGGUUUAUGUGUGUGUAAACAGUCCAGCCAAUGGGACGUUACACCCAAUGGGGAAUGUUGUUAUGAGCUGCUCUGUGUGGGUGGUGCUUGUGAGCAGAGCCUGCUUGUAGAUUGUUGACCAAUAGCAGAAAAUCUAUAUGCAUGGCUCAUAUGUCUCCCUGAUACAAGGGGAAUUCACAAGGUUCUCUCUUUUUUACAUUUUUUUCCUUCACCUAGGAAUAUUUACCACUGCGUACUAAACAGAUCUACUCUUAUCAACAGAUCAUCUCAUACGUGGUGAAUGGCUACUUUUUUCCUAUCCAGUCUUAGUUCUUUGGAGCUUUGUUACACUGAUAGCCGUAUGGGUGACACGAGAGAAUUUCCUAAGAGCUAGGAAUAAUGUCUGUGCUAAUGAUAUCUGUUUGAACAUGCAUAGCACAGAUUUAAUGCACCAUAUGAUUUAAAACUUCAUUAUUCACGAACUGUGGAUGUGUCCAUAGUGUCUUUCUGACAUGACUGAGUGGAAUGACAUAAAUAUCCAUGGGAACUAUGUAAA